UCCCUUCCUGCCCCAGGGAAUGCUGGGAGCUCUGGUUCCUCCUUGUGCUUCGAGUGGUGCUGGUGAUUCUGGGAUGGAGGCAGAAGGCGUCGGAGCUGCAACACCGAUGGCCGGGCCAGAUUCCUCCCGUUCCCCCCUCAGCCCCGGGAGUCCCCGACCAUCGGAAAGUGCCAAGGAGAGCAAAGCUGAAAGGAAAGCGAGAAAGCUGGAAAAAGCCCUGAGUGCAAAGCUGUCUCUAUCAGAGGAGAUGGAAAGAGAAUUGCGUCAGGCCCGAGGGCAGGCAAGGGAACUGUGGGAGCAAGUGGCCCAGCUCCAGAGAGAAAACCUCUCCCUCCGUGAACAGCUGGCGGAGGUGCAGGAGAUGGCCCAACAUCGACUGGGAAAAGUGGCAGAGCUGGAGGAAGACCUCAAGGAGGCUCGUAAAAAGCAGUUUAUUGCGGAAGUAGCAUCGAAAGGUUGCAGACGCAUAGAUGAGUACUUCGAUCGGUUUUCCUGCCACCGAGUGGAGUCGGACAAGACUGAGGCCAAGACAGGGGCAGACGCUGCGGCCGGAACCAAGAUGAGAGACGGCAGUAGCAGUACUAGGGCAGCUGCUCCAGCCAGAGCAGAAGGGAGCGACACCAGAAGGGAGAAACAGCUGAAGGAGAGAGAUCGAGCUCUGGCAAAUCAGAUGGAGCAGAUCUUGAGCACUGCUGGAGCAGGUCACUGAGCAGCUGGGAUCUGUGCAGGCUGAGCUCAAAAGCUCCCAAGACUCAUGUGAUUCUGAGAGGAGACUGUACCGAGGUCCGUUGGGAGCAAGAGCUGUCACCUUUGGCAGUAGGAAAAAAAUCUGAGCUAGAGCCACGGGAGCCAGGUAAGCAGCUGCAGGUGGGAUUCUGAGGUAUCCUGAAAGCCAAAUUUGCAAUACUCUAUAGUCAAAGACAGGCUCUUCUAAAUAGCUUGGCUUCCAUUUUGGCAUGAAAAUAA